AAACAACCUUCCUCAUCAGGAGAGACUCAGCGACCCCGUCCUUCCUUGGUGCCACGACACCGCUCAAGUCAUCCACGAGUACCUGCGCCGCCCCUUUCCCAAAAUGCCCUCCGACGACUACACCUCCGCGGCUGCAGGCGGCGCCCUCCGUAUAAAAGGCGCCAAGGUGAAGAAGCACAAGAAGAAGAAGGCUGGCAAGAGCGAUCUCGAGAAGAAUCUGUCGACCGGCGACGAGCCUUCGUCCUCCCACCCCUCUUCUUCCAAACGCAGAGAGCCAGAACGUCCAAGUGGCGAUGGAGAGGAGGGGGAUGUGGAGGAGGAGGUGGAGGAGCAGGUGGCCACCGAUAAAGGCCCAUUUCGGAGGCAGCUGACGGAGACAGAGCGGAGAUUUGAGGAGGCCAAGAGGAAGAAGAUGUUGGACUUAGCCGAGAAGUCGAAAACGAGACCCGAGCUGCUGAAGACCCAUAAAGAGCGGGUUGACGAGCUGAACACGUACCUGGCCAGGCUGAGCGAGCAUCAUGACAUGCCCAAGAUCGGACCUGGUUAAAGCGGUCCACCUCCCUGAGAAUGUCAGUUCCGAGGAGGGCGAGGCAGAGGCAAACAUAUCGGCGGCAAACUGGACCCCCAUUGAACGGACAGCCUUCUGAGCAUGGACAUGGCAUCAGCGCAUCCUACACAACAAGAGGCGGAAUCCCGUUUUGAGUGUUAUACUUCUAUUCAGGCUCUGAGGAUUUGAUUCGCCAGUUCCGCCCUCUAGGUUUCUCGGAGCGCUUCCCCAGCAGCUCACGAAGAUAACUUUGCGAUCCAUCACAGGAGACGACGAUUUAUCCGCGCGAUCGAGACCCCAUAGGAAAUUCCUCUUGCGUGAUUUUCUUAGCAAAUAUACCCAGUCUAUCUUUCACAUGCUUCUCUUAUCAUGCUUACCUGUCUAAGCAUGCCCUGGUACCUGCUCUUCGUUUUUGUGAUUUCCAAAAGGGUGGUGUCGCCCUACCAUGGCGAAGAGGGCCAAAGCUAGGCUGCAUCACUGGUCAAAGAGUGUGAUGCGACUCAGCACGGGGCCCGAUAUCAAAUACUGGAACACGUUCUCUGGUUCAUUAGGGAGUUUCAUGCUUGUCAAGACUACUUCCUGAGUUUCUUCCUCAGGCCAGAACGACAGAUCAUAAUGCACACAAACAAAAGC